AAAAUGACAUUUCGCCGGCGUCUCCGGAGGGGGCUGAAUUUCACUUUGUAACUUUCUGCGGAACCCGAGCCCGGGUGGCAGCUCGGGUGGUGGUAUCGUAUGCAAAUACGCAUGCUGACGUUACAGAUCAUGUGGGUUUUGGCGUAGAUUCCCCACUGAUCGAGACAUUUUUUUUUCCCCUUUUUUUUUCCUUUUUUUUUUUUUCUUUUUAAAAUUUUGGCCACUGUUCCCCGUACGGGGGCUUUUCCUGUCCGUCUGUCUGGCAGGCUGGCCGUGCCCCUCUUUCCCACGGAGCCCGAGCCCGGCGCCCGGUGGGGAGUGGGGAGUGGGUGGGGGGAGCCAGCAGAGUUCCAUUUUGGAACGCCCGUGCCGUGUCUCCGCGCUCCCAGCCCGGGUCCCCGCGUCCCCAGCCCCGGCGCAGGACUCGACACCCUGACUGCUCUUGGAGUCAACGUGUACCAAGAUUCCCAGGAUGUAAGCAAUCCGGGGCUGAUAUGAUGCUGCCUCUUGUGUGUGGCCGAUGGCACAGUAACAGUAUUCUGUGCUGAGAUCAUUCUCAACACUCGAACAUUAGACGUCAGCAUUCAAGGGAAGCCAAAGCCAUUGGUGGGGGAAUAAAAGCCCAAAGCCUUUUAUCUUAGUUGUUCCAAAAAUUGCACUGCCCCUUUCCUACCUGCCCACCCACCCCCCCAAAUUAAGCUAUUGCACGCAGACAGGCAGCAUGGCAAGCAAGCGAAAAUCCACCACCCCAUGCAUGGUUCGGACACCACAAGUAGUAGAACAAGAUGUGCCCGAGGAAGGAGACAGGGCCAAAGAGAAAGGAAUCAGCACGCCGCAGCCUGAAGCAGCCAAGGACAGUUGGACAGUGGAACCCGAAAACUCUUCCAAAGAAAAUGAAGUGAUGGAGGUGAAAUCUACAGGGGAAAACCAAUCCAAAAAACUCCAAGGUGGUUAUGAAUGCAAAUACUGCCCCUACUCCACGCAGAACCUGAACGAGUUCACAGAGCACGUCGACAUGCAGCACCCCAACGUGAUUCUGAACCCCCUCUAUGUGUGUGCCGAAUGUAACUUCACAACCAAAAAGUACGACUCCUUGUCUGACCACAACUCCAAGUUCCAUCCCGGGGAGACCAACUUCAAGCUGAAGUUGAUCAAGCGCAAUAAUCAGACUGUCUUAGAGCAGUCCAUCGAAGCCACCAACCACGUCGUGUCCAUCGCCACCAGCGGCCCGGCGAGCGGUGACAGCGAUCCUGGGAUCUCCGUGAGUAAGACCCCCAUCAUGAAGCCAGGGAAACCAAAAGCUGAUGCCAAGAAGGUGCCCAAGAAGCCCGAGGAGGCCACCCCCGAGAACCACGUGGAGGGGACGGCCCGCCUGGUGACCGACGCGGCUGAGAUCCUCUCGAGACUCGGAGGCGUGGAGCUCCUCCAGGACACGCUAGGGCACGUCAUGCCUUCUGUCCAGCUCCCACCAAAUAUCAACCUUGUCCCCAAGGUCCCCGUCCCGCUGAAUACUACCAAAUACAACUCCGCCCUGGACACGAAUGCCACCAUGAUCAACUCCUUCAACAAGUUCCCUUACCCGACGCAGGCUGAGUUGUCCUGGCUAACCGCGGCUUCCAAACACCCAGAGGAGCACAUCAGAAUCUGGUUUGCCACACAGCGCUUAAAGCACGGCAUCAGCUGGUCCCCAGAGGAGGUGGAGGAGGCCCGGAAAAAGAUGUUUAAUGGCACCAUCCAGUCGGUACCCCCGACGAUCACCGUGCUGCCAGCCCAGUUGACGCCCACAAAGAUGUCACAGCCCAUCCUCCAGACAGCGCUGCCAUGCCAGAUUCUCGGCCAGACCAGCCUGGUGCUGACUCAGGUGACGAGCGGGCCAACAACCGUCUCCUGCUCCCCCAUCACGCUUGCCGUGGCUGGAGUGACCAGCCACGGCCAAAAGAGACCGUUAGUGACUCCCCAAGCUGCCUCUGAGCCCAAGCGUCCACAUGUCGCUCAGGUGCCAGAGCCCCCACCCAAGGUGGCCAACCCUUCGCUGACCCCGGCCAGCGACCGCAAGAAGACAAAGGAGCAGAUCGCACAUCUCAAGGCGAGCUUUCUCCAGAGCCAGUUCCCUGAUGAUGCGGAGGUCUAUCGGCUCAUCGAGGUGACCGGCCUUGCCAGGAGUGAGAUCAAGAAGUGGUUCAGCGACCACCGGUACCGGUGUCAAAGGGGCAUCGUCCACAUCACCAGCGAAUCCCUUGCCAAAGACCAGCUGGCCAUCGCAGCCUCCCGACACGGCCGCACGUACCACGCAUACCCAGACUUUGCCCCACAGAAAUUCAAAGAAAAAACCCAGGGCCAGGUUAAAAUCCUAGAAGACAGCUUUCUGAAAAGCUCCUUCCCGACCCAAGUAGAACUGGAUAGGCUAAGGGUGGACACGAAACUGAGCAGGAGAGAGAUUGAAUCCUGGUUCUCGGAGAGACGGAAGCUUCGGGACAGCAUGGAGCAAGCUGUCUUGGAUUCCAUGGGGGCUGGCAAAAAAGGCCAAGACGUGGUGGCCCCCAACGGUGCUCUGUCUCGGCUCGACCAGCUCUCUGGGGCCCAGCUAGCCGGUGCUCUGCCCAGCCCCUCACCAGCAAUUACGAAGAGCCAAGAACAGGUCCAUCUCCUGAGGAGCACGUUUGCAAGAACCCAGUGGCCUACCCCCCAGGAGUAUGACCAGUUAGCAGCCAAGACCGGCCUGGUCCGAACUGAAAUUGUGCGUUGGUUCAAGGAGAACAGAUGCUUGCUAAAAACCGGGACCUUAAAGUGGAUGGAGCAGUCCCAGCACCAGCACCUGGCCGGCGAGCACGCUUACGACGCCGCACAGAGGAGAGCCGCGAGGGCCGGCACCGCCGAGAGCCCGAAGAACGGGAGCGAGGUGGCUCAGCCACAUUACAAGGACCCCAGAAAGCUCUGCGAAGAGGACUUGGAGAAGUUGGUACCCAGGGUGAAAGUGAGCAACGAGCAAGCAAAAGAUGGGGCGCCGGCCAAGCCUCCAGAAGCCACCUCGGACAGGUCAGAGGGCAGUGGCGGGGACGGCCCGGGCAGCGAUGAGAACGAGGAGUCGGGCGUUGUGGAUUGGGUGGAGGUCACGGUCGGAGAGGAGGACGCCGUCUCAGACAGGUCCGACAGCUGGAGUCAGACCGCAGCCGAAGGCGCCGCAGAACUGGCCGGCUCGGACUCCGACAGCAUCCCUGCCGAGGCCGGCCAGGCCUAACAGGUAACUCCACCUGCUCUCCACCCAGGGAACGAGGGGAGCAUGCUGCUUUUCUUUCUUUUUAUUGCCGGGGUCAAUAGAGGUUGUAGGGGACAGAGAUGUUGACACAGAUGAUGGGGUCUUGUUUUUAAAAGGAAGAAAAGUAGUGAUGCCAGCAGGCCGGGUCGAAAGACCCAGAGGGGGUCCUGCAGGACCAGUCAAGAGGGUCGUUGGCUUCACGUAGGAUGGCACGCAGGUGCGAGCCAGCAGGAUGCCAGAGCAGAGUCUGCUGAACAGAUAGAGAGAGAGCAGAUAAAGAAGGAGGGAGGGUCUGGGAGACUCAGAAAGGAAAGGAGCAUGAGUCCCGUCUUUGCUUGGGGUCUGGGGUCUUUAUUAACGAUUGUGGUCUGGUGCAUGUGGCCUCUCAGACACCCAGGAACUGGUCAGAACAAGGACAGGGCGCAGGUGUCCUCCUAAGUCUCUCAUUCCCUGGAGCCCAGAGGGUCUUGACGUAAGAUGUCUAGCGCCAGUGGUCUGGAAUAGGCAGAUGCACCUGCCGGCCUCGCCCGGUCAUUCCUGGGAUGUUACCUGUUGUGCUGGAAGGCUCCAGAGAAAUCAUUAACUCCUUGCCCCUUACAAGGAGGACAUACAUUAAGGCGUGCGUAGGGCGGAGGUGCAGGUCCUCUCGAGAACAGAAGCAGGAAAGGGAGCGAAAAGCAGACUUUUAUGGGCUCCUUCAGUUUCCUUGUAGUGACUCACAAGGGGCUGGCAGAUUCUGUGUCCCCAUCUGCAAGGCUGAGGGGUGACGAUGCUGCUGCCCGUGGCCUGUUUUGGACACCACCCUCCGGGGCCUGUCCGUUCGGAAGUCUAGAUGCAGUUGUAGCCCGGACAAAUCCUUCGCCUGCUUUGUGUUCACUGCUGUAAGAAACAAGCGCGAAAAGGAUGUGUCUUUUCCUUUCUCUUUCCUUUUUUUUUUU